CAGGAGGACCAUAUGAGAAGGGGGGUGAGUUCUCUUCAUCUCGAAGCUCAAGGCCACUCAGUCCCAAUGCUAAUCGACCAAGUGGAAGGAGUCACUCUUCAUGGUCAAAGAUGCUCAGGGGAACGAGCUUUUGUCCUCUUGGAUGAGAAGCACGAAUUCCCAGUGACUUUUCUAAAUGCAUUAAAGUUCUGCAAGAAGUGGCGCAAGCACAAAGAGGAAGAACAGCUGUAUGUUGCCUUUGUUUGUCCUGCUCAUGUGCCUUCUACUUUUGCGGCUGGUACCACUACUACUUCGAUUAAUGAUCCUACUUCUAGUACUUCUACUACUAGCACCUCUACAUCUCUAACCUCUAAUAGUCCAAAUGAUCCUACUUCAGAUUCGGUCGUCUCUAUACGCGACUUGCGACCGGAUCUUGGUGAUCCCUUUGCUGAUUCCCCACCCCCACCUGUCCCAUCAGACAUCCAAACCCUCCUCAAUCGGUUUCCGGAAGUCUUGGCCGAGCCACGUGGAGUCCCCACUCGACCGGUUCAAGACACCAUCGAGUUGGUCGAGGGUGUUGUUCCUCCAAAGGGCUGCGUGUACCGUAUGGGACCCGGCGAGUUGAAGGAACUCCGGAGACAGGUCGAUGAGAUGAUUGACAAAGGGUGGAUCAAACCAAGUGAAUCUGAAUUCGGUGCUCCUGUGUUGUUUGUGCCAAAGAAAGGAGGCAAACUCCGCAUGUGUAUUGACUAUCGCGGUCUAAACCGCAUCACGAGAAAAAAUGCUUAUCCAUUGCCUCGUAUAGACGACUUGCUUGAUGUCGCAGGCGGGUGCAAGGUCUUCUCCAAGAUCGAUCUCAAGUCUGGCUACCGCCUGAUUGAAGUCGAUCCUGCGGACCAGCACAAGACCGCGUUCAAAACACGCGACGGGCUUUAUGAGUUCACCGUAAUGCCCUUCGGUCUUACGAACGCACCAGCCACUUUCCAAAGCCUCAUGGACAAGGUCCUCCGCGAACAGAUUGGCCGGUUUGUGGUAGUGUACCUGGAUGACAUUCUGAUCUUCAGCAAGUCCAUGGAGGAACACCUCAAGCAUCUUGAGGAGGUGCUCGCUAUCCUCAAGAAGACGCAGCUCCAUCUCAACUUGGAAAAAUCUGAGUUUGGGAAGGAUAGCGUCAUCUAUCUAGGGCACCGUUUGUCUGCUGCAGGCCUAGAGCCUGAGGCAACCAAGAUUGAGGUCAUACGCGAUUGGCCUCAACCUGCGAACAUUCGCGAAUUGCGUUCUUUCUUUAAUCUCGCGUCGUACUAUCGGAAGUUUGUACCCCGUUUUUCUAUCAUUGCUCGUCCGUUGUCGCAACUAACCAGUAAAAAUGUGUCUUAUUCCUGGAAUGCCGCGUGUACGGAAGCUUUUCGAACUCUCAAGGAAGCCUUAGUAAGUUACCCGGAACUCCGCAUUGCAGAUCCCAAACUGACCUUCGUAGUUACUACGGAUGCAAGUCAGUAUGGAAUCGGUGCAGUGCUGCGGCAAGAUGACGGCAAUGGCCUGCGGCCACUCGAGUACUACAGCAAACGAAUGCCCAGCGUAAAGGUCGCCACUUCCACCUACAUGCGCGAGCUCUACGCUUUGCGUAUGGCGUUGGAUCAUUGGAAACAUUACCUUUUGGGACGCCACUUCAAAGUCUUCUCAGAUCAUGAGACCUUGAAGUGGAUCAAACAGCAGACUACUCUGUCCCCUACCUUGCUUCGCUGGUUCCAUGAGAUUGGCAUUUUUUAUUUUGAAUUAAGACACAAAAAGGGUUGUUAUAAUCAAGUCGCUGACGCAUUGUCUCGCCACCCUGAGUACAUGACUUGCCUUGUGAAAUCCUACGACCUCCGGAAGAAACUGAAGGAGGAGCUCGUAGAGCAGACAGCCAAGGAUCCGAAGCUUAGCUCCAUCCUUGAGCAGCUGCGGGCUGAUCCUAGUAGUUAGCCUGAUUUCCACGAGUAUGGAGGACUGAUUUUUCGUCGUUACGGGAACCAUGACCAUUUGUGUGUGCCCAACCAUGAGCCUCUCCGCACACACUUUCUGGACUUGACUCAUGGCCGGAGCGGGCACUUCGGCAUGGCAAAAACGUACGCUAACCUGCUGAGACAAUUUGAUUGGCCUGGCAUGAAAGGGACUACUGAGAAAUCAAACCUUGCAGACAAA